AUGCCCGAUACGUCUUGCGUAUUCAAAAGUCUCCGCAAUCGUUCUUUUUUCGAGUUCUCGUUUCAAACAUUUACGACCAUCGGUUAUUCAUAUAGAGGAGCCGACAAGAGUUGUUGCGCAAAGGGCGGCUUGUCUUUUGUGCUGAUCACGCCGCGGGAACGGCGGAAAACGGCUGCCGACUGCUUCCUCCUCAUUUUCGCCCUUCUCCAGAUCGUUUGAAAACCAAUCUUUGGUCUUCACAGUCGCUCUCUUUCUUCAUUUAUGUCAAACAUUUUUUGUGUUAUUGACAAUGCUUUGGUGACCUACCCCUCGAAGGGGCCUUCUCCGGAAUCUUUGCUUGAAAACAAUCGCGCAGGCUGUUUUCGUUCCGUUUCACAUUUACUACAAACGGAACGUCUUGGUUUUAUGGCUGAGAACCUCUUCUGUUUUCAUGGGUUUCACGCUGGCCAUUGAACAUUUUUUCUCGUUUAUUUUACACGUAUUUAGAAAAAAGAACAUUUCUAACCGAAAAUGUCAAAGCUAUGUUUUAUGGCUGGCUAAUCAAGUGUUAUCCGAAUACUCAUUUCAUCUUCAUUUUUCGAAAAGUUCUCUUUCUUUUACAUUUAUCGGUUGGUUAUUUUUUUAUAGCUUUAAAAAAACCAGAUUUGAAUAAGAAAAAAAAAGUUUUUCAGACCAACUCAGAGAAAACUGCUCAUUAAUGGAUAAUAAAGGUUUUUUUCUUACUUUGAUUUUAUCUAUUGAAAUUCCUCGAAACAUUAAAAUACAUUUUUUUCACAGGAUCUCGCAAACGCCGCCGCCCUGUGGGUGAAAAAAAGCAGAAGCGCAGAACACACAAACAGAAGAAAAAAAGUUUGAGAAAGUCUCUGCUCCGACCCGUGCCGAGCUAGCCAACAAACGAAUUUUGGAAUGUAUGCCCCCUUUUUUUUUUUACAAAAGUUCACUUUUUGAAAGUUUCAGGCUCCAAGAUCGAGGUCCUUCCUACGUUUGUCGACGUUAAUGCUCGAAUCUCUAGCAUUUCUGGCGACGCUAACAAAGGUUCUAUUUAUAAAACUUUCUCAUAGUUCAGCUUGCCUUAAGAAGAGCUCGAGUUUUCGAGUUAGUUUUAUUAUAUAAUAAUGUGGAAACCUUUGUGAUUUAGUCGGAAGAUUGCUUUAUCAAUUGAAACCGUAAUGAAAAAAAAAAUUGUUUUACAGCUCAGCGCAAGCGUUAUUUUUCGGAGAGGGAUCUGCCGAGAAAAGGAAGUGAGCCGCUGGUGAAGCGAGAGACUCCUCUGCCUAACCCAACUAACAACGACUUCGCCAACAACAACGGUUGAAACUUUACUCAAGUCAAAUAACUCACCGAAUUCAGUGCCUGCUCACUUCACUGGCUCAGAGGACAGGUCCAACGCUCCGGCUGAAGAACCGCUUGCCAAUGAUGGGUUGAUUGAGAGGUCUAACACACCCACGGAAGAAGGUCCUGCCGUCGAAGAUCACGUUUUCAAGAUGGACCUCCUUCAAGAGCUUCUCAAGCCGAUGCUCCCAUAA